GUGUUCAGAGUGAUAAACUCACACUGCAGAGAAAAGCUGAUGAAAUAAGUGAGAAGUUUCUGAUCUUCUGUCAAAUGUCUGUCACUAUAAUCAUGUCUGAGCCUGAAGCAGGAAACAAACCCUGACAAACAGAGCUGCAGUGAGAGGUGGAGCAACAGUAGGAACAGGAAAACUGCAACGUCACAUUCCUGAAAUGAAACUGAAAGUUAGUGAGAGCGACAGCAGAGCUGCAGUCGAGACAGAUCUCUGUGUUUCUGUCUAAAGAAAAAUUAAAUAGAGUUGAUCAGGAUUUCCUCAACAACUGCUCAGAUACUGUGUGUCGACAUGUCUGCUGCCAGCAACCUGAGAUCUGAAGAUCAGUUCCUGUGCUCCAUCUGUCUGGAUGUGUUCACUGAUCCAGUCACUACAUCAUGUGGACACAACUUCUGUAAGAACUGCAUCACUACACACUGGGACAUUAGUGACAGGUGUCAGUGUCCCAUGUGUAAAAAGGUUUUCAACAUAAGACCUGAGCUUCACAUCAACACUUUCAUCUCUGAGGUGGUUGCUCAGUUCAAACUUGAAGCUCAACAGAAAACCAGCAGCAGCAGCUCAGAGCAACAAGUUUCCAAACCAGGAGAAGUUCCCUGUGACGUCUGCACUGGAACCAAACUGAAGGCCCUGAAGUCCUGCCUGGUGUGUCUGACCUCCUACUGUGAGACUCACCUGGAGCCUCACCUGACAGUGUCAGGCCUGAAAAGACAUCAGCUGAUCGACCCUGUGGAGAACCUGGAAGACAGGAUGUGUACGAAGCACGAUAAACCUCUGGAGCUGUUCUGUCAGACCGACCAGACAUGUGUCUGCGUGCUCUGCUCUGUUUUAGACCACAAGACACAUGAGUUUGUUCCUCUGAAAGAAGAAUAUGAAGGAAAGAAGGCAGAGCUGGAGAAGACAGAGGCUGAAAUUCAGCAAAUGAUCCAGAAGAGACGACUGAAGAUUCAGGAGAUCAAACACUCAGUCAAGAUCAGUAAAGAUGAUGCAGACAGAGAGAAAGCAGAAGGUGUUCAGGUCUUCACUGCUCUGAAGGAGUCUGUUGACAGAGGCCUGAACCAGCUCAUAAAGGAGAUCGAAGACAAACAGAAAACCACAGACAAACAGGCUGAAGACUUCAUCACAGAGCUGGAACAGGAAAUCUCUGAGCUGAUGAAGAGAAGCACUGAGGUGGAGCAGCUCUCACUCUCUGAAGACCACUUCCACCUCCUCCAAAGCUUCCCACCCCUGAAAGCUGCUCCACCCACCAAGGACUGGACAGAGGUCAGAGUCCGUCCAUCAUAUGAGAGGACUGUGGUGAGAGCUGUGACUCAGCUGGAGGAGACGCUCAGUGAAGAGAUGAAGAAGCUGAUUGAGGCUGAGCUGAAGAGGGUCCAGCAGUAUGCAGAGGAUGUGACUCUGGAUCCUGAUACAGCAAAUCACUGGCUCAUCCUGUCUAAUGAUAGAAAACAAGUUCACUGUGGUGAUGUGAGGAAGAAUCUCCAAGACAAUCCACAGAGAUUUUCUAACCGUGUUUUUGUCUUAGGAAAGCAGAGUUUCUCUUCAGGCAGAUUUUACUUUGAGGUUCAGGUUAAAGGAAAGACUAAGUGGAAUUUAGGAGUGGCCAGAGAGUCAAUCAACAGGAAGGGAGACAUAACACUGAGCCCUCAGAAUGGUUACUGGACGAUAUGGUUGAGAAAUGGAAAUGAGUACAAAGCUCUUGCUGACCCCCCAGUCUGUCUCUCUCUGAAGUCUCAGCCUGAGAAGGUGGGGGUGUUUGUGGAUCAUGAGGAGGGUCUGGUCUCCUUUUAUGACGUAGCUGCUGCAGCUCUCAUCUACUCCUUUACUGGCUGCUCCUUCACUGAGAAACUCUACCCAUUCUUCAGUCCCUGUAAUAAUGAUGGUAAAAACUCCACCCCUCUGAUCAUCUGUCCUGUCAAUCAAACUGCCUGAUCUUUUUUAUGAUGAAGCAUUGACAACAAUCAAUAUACUUAUUAAAUGAAUCUUUAAAUUGCAUGUCUACAGUGUAAAUAUACAGCAGACAUAAACACAAACUAAACAAUUAAGUUUAAGUCUUAUUAAAGAGAAAUUUUGAGGAAAGGGGAAGGAGUUCAAGAUGUUUUUCAUUCAGUCAAUGAGGGACAUUUCUCAUUUCUCAUAAUCUAUUAAACUUGACAACAUGUCAGUUUUUAUCAUUUAUAUGUCUGACGAUUGUGUAAAAAUGUUGAUUUUUGAAAUAAUUCCUUAAGAGAAGAUCAUGAAUAAAGCAGAAAUCUGUAAACUGUGUUUCUUACAUGAAAAUAAAUAAAUAAACAAAUACAUGUAAAAAGCA